AGUCGCGCGACGACUACUCACCGCGGCGCACGCGGCCUCACGCGCGUUCCAAUUCCAAAUUUUAAAUCGUGUGACACUUUUUUAAAUUUUCCACAUUGAUGAACAAUUUUCUUUUUUUCUUAAAAUUAUAUAAGUACUGUUUUUUAAUAUAAAUAUUUGAAACCGGACUUGCCAGUUACUGACGUUCAGUUUUCAAAUGCUGUGACUUUUCCAUUUUCCACGAGUGCAGUGGUUACAAACACUAUGGUGACUGGAGUGGCUGGAGGGACUGGUGUCCCGGUUAACAACAUGAGUCCUCCGGAGAAAAAGCAACCAGGAGACAACAGAAGAAGCAACAAACCGAUAAUGGAGAAGCGGCGGCGCGCACGCAUCAAUAAUUGUCUCAACGAACUCAAAGCGCUUAUACUUGAUGCGAUGAAGAAAGACCCGGCACGACAUUCCAAAUUAGAGAAGGCAGAUAUCCUCGAGAUGACUGUGAAACAUCUAGAAGGUCUUCGUUCGGAAGGUGCAGGGUCUCCGGAUAGAUUCAGAGCGGGGUACAGGCACUGUGUUUCUGAGGUUGCCAAGUUCCAAGGCUUGGAGGCGGGGUUGAAGAGAAGGCUGGUGAGGCAUUUAGAAGGUUGUGUGACGUCAGCACCCGGGGCCAGGCCCGCCGGGGCGCCCACGCCGCCUUCCGACACUGAAGACCCGCCGUCGACUCAACAUUCAACCAUUUUUAUUUCUGCAGGUCCCGGUUCAGGGGUGCGGCUGGUACCAACGAGACUGUCCAACGGUGACAUAGCGCUCGUUCUGCCGGCGGGAGUGAGUGCUAACACUUUAGGCACGGUUCCUACUCUCGUGCCGCUCUCCCCCCGCGACGCGUCAUCUUCCUCUGCCUCUUCAGAAGCGAGGUGCUUCUCCCCUGCGAGCUCCGGCUGGGGUACUCCCCCACCCCCUUCCGAAGACCCCGCCCCCCUUGCGCUGGUCACGAGGAAGCAACCCCCCGAAGACAAGCCAUGGCGACCGUGGUGACAUCCCCUCCGGUCCGUUGCUCUGAUUCUGUGAUAUACGUAGCGUAGUUGUAGAGUAUGGAGGUGCUGUAGACAUUUUACGAGCUUUGACUAUUUAUUUCAAUCCUCAAGAUCUAUAGAGUUUAAGUAAUAAAUCCACUUUCGUUCUGGAGAUAAAUAUUUGACUACAAGAUAAAGAUAAUAUAACUUAAGCUCAUGAUUAUCCCAGUUGGGGUGAUCAGAGGUACAGGUACUUCCAUCGUAAGAUGAACUGCUUCACCUGAGUUUUCUGUUUUACCAACCCGUGACAUGUAGUGAGCCGCAUCGCCAUCUGUAUAAUGGGCGAGCCAACUGUAUUAGUGAACAUUGGACUUGAGAUAAAUAACUCAUUAACUAAACUAACAAGUGUAAUCAAAUAUCUAAGAUAUUAAAUGGCUACAGCAACCCCGUCACAGAGUAUUUAAAGUUCCUAGUACCACUACACUGUAUGUGUGAAUUUUGUACUGUACUGUACUGUUUGUAGUACUGUAUGUGUGAAUAUAUUUAAGCUAAUUACACGGUCAGUACAUUUGUGUGAUAGUUAUUUCAGUGAGAAAUGGAGUUUGCGUCGGCUAUUAAUUAGGUUUAAUUUCGAUUAUCUGUAAAUUAUAUGGAUGACAUCUGAGGCAGUAUUUUAUGUAUGUACGUAAAAGGACAACGUCCUGUUUUAUUGUAACAAUAUUAAAUACUUUUAAUUUUACUUCCUUUAGGACUAAGUGCCAUGUAGUUUCAUAUAAGUUCCAGCAAGAUUUAUCAUUGCCCUUAGUUAACCUGUAAAUACGAACAUUGUUUUAAAUAUAUUUUUUUUAAAACAAAAGAGGAUUCAUUGUGCCUUACUCAGCAAAAUCCUGUAGUCUUCCAUAUGUUGAUAAGCUUUUAAAUAAGUCCGUAAUGUAAGACAGAGUAAAAUAGCUUUUUUAAAAUAAAUGAGAAUGCUCAAUUAUAGUUUGUUACCUACUGAUAAAUAUAUGAAGAAUAUAGUCACUGUCUUCCUUUGCCAGUUACCGUAUUUGGACAGUUCUUACCUACAUUUGUAUAUUUAUCGUUCUAAUAGAAGGAGUAUUGUUAAACAGGCUCUUAGUUUUAAUUUAAGGAGAGAAUGUAAAUUAAUAAAUGAAAGAUCACGUACCUAUUAUUCUGUAGAAAAAUGUGUCCAGUAAUAGCUAUAAGUAUAUAUGGCGUAAUAAGUACUUAUAAAUACAAGCAGAUAUAUUUAAUUUACCGUCUGUAUAUUAAGAAAUAUGAAGUGAUAUUAAGUUAAGAAGUACCCACUAAGUAAGAUGUACAGUGGAAAUGCGCUACUGCCGUGAAAAUAAAGAUGUAAGCAAUUCA